AUGGCUGGAAACAUGUUCGAAUCACUGGUUUCGCUGGCGAAACGCAUCAAUGUGCCAAUCACAGCAUCAACCACUGCGGCGGAACAAGCAGAGAUGCAGAGAGAUCCAUGGUCUCAAUCAGGGAAAUACGCAUUAGGCUGGAUCUACUUCAGCGUUGUUAUUGUCGUAUUGACGUCUCUGGUUCGCGUAUACCAUCUCUUAAGCGAUCGAGUUCGAGUAGCCGCUCACAGAGAGAUCAAUCUCCUGUCACCUAAUGGAAAUUCAGCGGGCACAUCAGAACAAGAGCUCACGAGCGCUGCCACCGACAGCUCAACCAGGAAGUUUUUUCCAAGAACCGGACCACUUCCCUCGUCAUCUCGACAACAUGAAUCUUCGUUGCUCCGUCCGAUGAGUGUUGUCAUUGCAGUUUUCCGAUGGGUUUUCUACAGGCCAAUCCCGACGCUGGGUAUCGGCAAGAUGCGCAUAGUUUUCCCGGCUCUUUCGACGAUAGUUCUCGUUUCAGCAGGCUUAGUGUUCAUUACACUGUACUGUUUCCUUCCACAACCGCUGUAUUAUACGAGUAUUGCCUUGGGUUCACCGCCGUUGGCUAUUCGUGCUGGAAUGAUUGCGGUUGCCAUGAUACCCUGGAUCACCGCUCUUGGUACCAAACCCAAUGUCCUGGCUAUAGUGACGGGUAUCAGUCACGAACGACUGAAUGUCAUUCAUCGGUGGCUCGGAUAUUUAUGUCUUUUUAUGUCACUCGUUCAUAUGAUACCUUUCUACAUUACCCCAGUAUGGAGUGAUGAGGGAGCUUAUGCACUUUUCUCACAGAAUCUCAUUCCUCAGGGCGUACAAAUGUACAUUUACGGUACUGGAAUUGCAGCGUUCGUCCCACUGGCAGUCCUCUGUCUUCAUUCCCUUUCCUUUAUACGCUCAAAAGCCUACGAGCUUUUCGCAUACUUGCAUGGCCCCAUCGCCGUUGUAUUCUUGGGCAUGCUCAUAUGGCAUACGAAGAACUUCCUCCUGUCUUGGAAUUAUCUAUGGGCUUCGAUAGCAGUGUGGUUCUUUUCGUACUGCAUCAGAGGCAUCUACCUUAAUUGGUUCUACCCUCUACGAAUGUCAUGGCUGAUUGGGGAAGAAUCAUCGGUGACGAUACUUCCUGGAAAUGCCGUGAAAGUGACUAUUCCGACAGAGAUGCGAUGGAGACCAGGACAGUUUGUUUACCUUCGAAUGCCGGGCAUAUCGCCUCUACAAAAUCAUCCUUUUACGAUAGCCUCCCUUUGCAGUGACGACUUCCCAUCAAAUUACGGACCCGAAUACCGUGAUAUGGUUCUUGUGUUCCGGCCUUUUGGUGGCUUUACGAAGAAAGUCAUGGAGACUGCAAAACGAAAGGGACCUUACAAGAUUUACCGAUCGAUGCUGGACGGGCCCUAUGGAGGUAUGCAACGUGAACUCGCUGCAUUUGACGACGUUGUAUUCUUCGCGGGUGGUAGUGGUAUCACCGCUAUUGCCAGUCAACUUCUCAACCUAAUCAAAAAAAUGAGAGAUGGCCAUGCUGUAACAAAGACUGUCAGAGUAGUUUGGGCACUGAGACGUCCAGAGACAAUGGAGUGGUUUAAAGAAGAGCUUCGAAUUUGCAGAGAAUAUGCUCCACCAAGCUCUGUGUUUUGCAACUUCUAUCUGACGGGUACCGACAAAGACAAUGCUUACGCUACAGAGACGGUGAACGAGAUUCUGCACGGAGUUUCCAACAAGCGAAACUCGGCGUGGAUUCGCGAGGCAGCUGGCGGUGACCUGCAACAGGAGAAGGAGCUUCGUCGGGAGAACGAAGAUGAUAUUGCUCCUCUCCCAAAUGCACACCUUGCUGGAAGCGUUGGAUCUAGUAGCUACCCUCCUCAAGCGGCCUACGUCCACUAUGACCCGUAUGCGCCAUAUACCUAUGGGGCUCCCCCACAGAACGUUCCAUUCGGAGCGUCACAAGCCCAGCACCAGGGAUUCAAUUUUGGCUUCCAACAGAACCAGUCACCACAGCAGCAGCAAUAUAAUUACGAUCAAUAUCAGCAGUAUAGCCAGAUGAUGCAGCAAACACCACAUUMCCCUCCACAACAGCCACAUCCAAUCUCAACAACCGCCCUUAACACUCGAAACACGCUGACGCGGUUCGCUUUCCUUCCACGACAGAAACAAGAUAGCUGGCGCACUGACUAUGCAAGACCGAACAUAUCAGAGUUGUUGCAAGAGCAAUCAAAAAGCUGGGGUCGUCGUACCUGCGUUUUUGUCUGUGGGCCACCAAGUAUGCGAGUUGAAGUAGCUACUACAGUGGCACGAUUACAACAUAUUGUUAUGAAGGAUCCGUCAAAAGACGAGAUAUUCCUUCAUGCGGAGAAUUACGCGAUUUGA